AUGAAACUAUAUACCACACCCUAUGAGUCCACUCCCAUUUCAUCGCACCCUUCCCGCUCUUAUCUCAUUGCACCCUUCCCUCACAUAUCACGUCACACACAGCGGUCGGAGGAGGCGGGCAGCAAGUUUGAGGGGCUGGCGGCGGAGAUCGAGGCGCUGGUGGCGGCACAGGAGGCGGAUCUGACAGUGAGCACCAUCUAUGCCGCGUGGACGGGCGACAUGGCCCAGCUGCAGCAGCUGCUGGCCGCGGGGGCCAAGGCGGACAGGGCUGACUACGACGGCCGCACGCCGCUGGUAGGAAUACCCUCCCUCCCCCUCUCCUUCCCUCCUCUCCUCCCUCCCCCCUCCCUCCCUCCCUCCCUCCCUCCCUCCCUCCCUCCCUCCCUCCCUCCCUCCCUCCCUCCCUCCCUCCCUCCCUCCCUCCCUCCCACUCUCCCUCCCUCCCUCCCUCCCUCCCUCCCUCCCUCCCUCCCUCCCUCCCUCCCUCCCUCCCUCCCUCCCUCCCUCCCUCCCUCCUCCCUCCCUCCCUCCCUCCCUCCCUCCCUCCCUCCCUCCCUCCCUCCCUCCCUCCCUCCUCCCUCCCUCCCUCCCUCCCUCCCUCCCUCCCUCCCUCCUCCCUCCCUCCCUCCCUCCCUCCCUCCCUCCCUCCCUCCCUCCCUCCUCCCUCCCUCCCUCCCUCCCUCCCUCCCUCCCUCCCUCCCUCCCUCCCUCCCUCCCUCCCUCCCUCCCUCCCUCCCUCCCUCCCUCCCUCCCUCCCUCCCUCCCUCCCUCCCUCCCUCCCUCCCUCCCUCCCUCCCUCCCUCCCUCCCUCCCUCCCUCCCUCCCUCCCUCCCUCCCUCCCUCCCUCCCUCCCUCCUCCCUCCCUCCCUCCCUCCCUCCCUCCCUCCCUCCCUCCCUCCCUCCCUCCCUCCCUCCCUCCCUCCCUCCCUCCCUCCUCCCUCCCUCCCUCCCUCCCUCCCUCCCUCCCUCCCUCCCUCCUCCCUCCCUCCCUCCCUCCUCCCUCCCUCCCUCCCUCCCUCCCUCCCUCCCUCCCUCCCUCCCUCCCUCCCUCCCUCCCUCCCUCCCUCCCUCCCUCCCUCCCUCCCUCCCUCCCUCCCUCCCUCCCUCCUCUCCCUCCCUCCCUCCUCCCUCCCUCCCUCCCUCCCUCCCUCCCUCCCUCCCUCCCUCCCUCCCUCCCUCCCUCCCUCCCUCCCUCCCUCCCUCCCUCCCUCCCUCCCUCCCUCCCUCCCUCCCUCCCUCCCUCCCUCCCUCCCUCCCUCCCUCCCUCCAUUCCUUCCUGCGGCCUUCCCCUCCCUCCCCACCUCCCCCCCCUCACAGCACCUGGCAGCAGCGGGGGGGCACAACGACUUGGUGCGGCUGCUGCUGCUGGAGGGCGCGCAGGUGAACGCAGUAGACAACUUUGGCACCACACCUCUCCUGGAGGCACUGCGAGCGGGCCAUGAUGAGGCGGCCGCCAUCCUCGCCAGCAAAGGGGGCACCGUGGGAUUGCAGGAGGCAGGGCCAGUGCUGUGUGCAGCGGUAGCAGCAGCGGACACAGAUUUGCUUCAACGUCUGCUGUCCCACGGGGUGCAUCCCAACGCGAGUGACUACGACCAGCGCUCCCCGCUGCACAUCGCUGCCAUCAAAGGCCACCUGCACGUUGCCCGCCUACUCGUCGACCACCACGCUGACGUGGCAGCCCGUGAUAGUCAGCCUUCUGUUCCGUCCACUCAGUCUACUGAUCCUUCAGCCUCGACCUCGGAGGCGCAAUGGCUGGAGGAGGAUAGUACUCAUGUCGUUUUCAAGCAUUUCAAGGUUCCUGUCCGUCCCGACACAAUCGGGACUGUCCGCGUUUCCAAGUAUUGCGCCAUCGAGUUCAAGGGUGGUGCGUUUCGAUGCGCUCAGCAUCUCGCGAAAUGGAAGGGACAGCGCUCUCGCGACGUCCGCCUGUGCGCUAAGGUUUCGCCUGACGUGCGAGCGGCGGUGCGCGCGCAUUACGAGAACAAGGCGUCCAACCGCGACGAAAAACGGCGGGCCGAGGAUGCUGCGCUCAAUGCUGUCGCGGGAGGUGCGAAGAGAGGACGCAUCGCCGACUUCAUUGGCGAUGGCGCGCAAUGCAAGAAGGGCGAGGCGGACUACGCCGUCUGUUUGUUCUUCGCCGGCUGUCGGAUUCCCGAACACCACGCCGACAACCCGUUGUGGCGCAACAUGGUCAGCGCCAUUAACAACGCACCCCACGGUUACGUCGCGCCGCGACGGAAGUACGUGGGAGGAGCUGGGCUGAAGCAAUGCCGCACGAGCAUCGAAAUGGGACUUCAGCCAAUCGCCGCGAGCUGGAAGAGGGAUGGCGUCACCGUCUCCUCCGACUUGAUGACUGAUCGGUGCGGGAGGCCGCAGGCGAACGUCAUGCUGGUCAACGAUUCGGGAGCGGUGUUCGUUGAGGCUAUCGACUGCAACAUGGAGUCCAAAACCGGCGGCUACAUCGCGUCUAUCCUCCGCCCCAUCAUCGAGAAAGUGGGGCCCGAAAACGUAGUCGCUCUUUGCAUGGACGGAGGCUCCAACUACGGGGCCGCCUGCAAGGAGCUGAUGGCGGAUUGGCCCCAUAUCGAGUACGUGCCGUGCGCUACGCACGUGCUUGACCUCCUGAUGGAGGACGUGGGCAAGAUCUCGUGGUGCAAAGACAUUGUGGAUCUGUGCGGAGACACGAUCACCUACGUCCGCAACCACCAUUUCACCCGCAACCACCUGAGGAGUAAGAAGGUGAAGAAAGGAAAGGGGAAGCAGCUUGUGAAGCCGGCGGGGACCAGGUUCGGCACCAACUACAUCGCCCUCUCUAGGCUCGUCGAGCUGCGGUCCACGCUGUCGCAGAUGGUGCUGAGCGAGGAGUUCGCCAACUGGUCGGCGGGGGCUAGGAAGCAGACGGCGGAUACGUUCCGCGGCCAAAUCAUGGACGAUGCAUGGUGGAAGAACGCUACCUACCUGGCGGAGCUCUUGGCGAUUCCAUUCAAGGUGAUGCGGGCCACGGACAGCAGCGCCAAAGGGAUGAUGGGGACUAUCUACGACCUAAUGCUCCAGCUGACCGAGGACGUGAACGACAAGCUGGAAGCGGGGGAGAAGAUUCUGCCGCGGGCGGUUGCGACUGACAUUGGGAAGAUUGUAAGGCGCCAUUGGGACGAGAGCCUUGCAUGCGCUCUUCACGUCGUGGGGCGGAUCCUCAACCCGGCAAACCAGGAAGAGGGUAUUUUCCGCAAUGACAUGGAAUGUACGCGCAUCUUCAAGGCCUUCAUCGCACGCCACUACGACGGUAAGACGUUCACCAACAAGGACGGUGAGGAGAGGCGUGCCUCACUUGUUUUGCAGGAGGGGCUCACGGCCUUCCUCACCCUUGAAGGUUCCUUCGGCCUUCCUGAGGCAAUUGCCGACAGGGAGGCCGUGAAGGCAGGCAAGCAGUCGAUGGUGGCGUGGUGGGGUUGGCACGGGACUGACCACCCCCACCUGGCCAGCCUUGCGUGCCGUGCCCUGACACAGCCGGUGUCGGCGUCGCCGUGUGGGCAUCGUUCGAAUCGGUGCACACUGCCCGCCGCAACAGGCUAG